AUGUGGGCGCUCCCGGAUGAGGCCCCGCCCCCGGAACCACGUGGCUCGGGGCGGGUUGCGGGCCCGCGCGGAGACGAGUCCCGGGAUGGCGGGGUCGCAGCCGGGCGGGGCCGCUCGGUUCUCUUGUCCUCCCAACUUCACAGCGAUGUCCCCGGCCCCCGAGAUCCCCCGGUUCUCCUUGGAGACGCUCGCGGGCCCGGACGUGGAGGUGUGGCUUAUCCAGGCCCCGGCCGACUUCGCCCCGCUCUGCCUCAAUGGGCGCCUGGUGCCUCUCUCAGGCUCCGGGACGGUCAAAGGCAAGCUGGCGGGCAAGCGACACCGCUACCAGGUCCGCAGCAGCUCCGGACCCGGUGCCGGCGAGGCAACCCUGCUGGCCGGGUCAGCUGAGGCCGACAGCGGACUCACCUGCGCCCCGGCACCCCUGGGCUGUCUCAGGAUAUUUGAGGCACCCCAAGAAUCCCCGUCAGGGACCCCACUGCAGCCGAUCCCAGCUUGCCCCCCACCACGCAUCCCUCCGGGCCUGAGGCCGCGGUUCUGUGCCUUUGGAGGCAACCCACCCAUCCCAGGGCCUGCCCUGGUCCGGGAGAAGAAGAAACGCAAGAAGCGGAUGCCCGAGGCUGUUAAUGGGCACAUGGCCACAGCUUUGGGGGGUCCAGGAAUGACCAGGAGCGAGCCCAAGGCCACGGAGCAGGUGGUGGAGGUGGCGGCACAGUUGGAGACACUUCCCGCUGGCACCAAGCGGAGGAAGAAGCGGCUUCAGGGGGCAGAGGGGGCUGGGCCUGAAGUGGGGGGCCCAGAAGCCGAAGACAGGGGGUCGGGGCUGGAACCUGCACUGCUGGCCCCACCUCCAGCAGAGCCGGACCUGUGUCCCCCCAGCAGGAAGAGAAAGAGAGACCCCCGACAGGUGCAGCCACCAGAGGGGCCCGGAAAUGAUGCUUUGCCGCAGGUGCAGGAGCAGCAGGAAGAACCUGUCCCACUGACCCCCAAGAAGAGGAGGAAAAAGCAGAAGAGACAGAAUGUGACAUUGGAACCAGAGCCCGGGGCGGUGCAGUCGGAAAUGGGGUUCCCAGAGCUCGGCGAGGACAUGAUGGAGUCCACCUCACCAGGGGCAGCUGGGCCUUGCAUGGACGCAGCUCUGAUGUCCAUCAAGAAAAAGAAGAAAAAGAAGUGGCUAGGGCCAGAGGCAGCAGACCUGGGGACCCCAGGUCCUGUGGAGCCACCGUCAGCUCCAGUGACCCCCGAGAAGGCGGAGCAGAGCCGGCAGGAGGCAGCCGAGCUGGGAACAGAGCCUGGGCUGCCGGGGGAGCAUGGGCUGGAAACUAGCACAUCCAAGAAGAAGAAGAAGAAAAAGAAGCAGGGCGAGGAGAGCGGGGUGCUGGGGCCAGAGCACCGAGCGGAAAUGUCAGAGCCGGUGAUGCCGUCCACACAUGGACCGAAGAAGAAGAGGAAGCUGGAGCCUGUGUAGUUACCCCUGGGGAAACUGAGGCAUGGAAACAGUGGAGGCU